GUGCGUGUGAGGGUCUGUCUGUGUGUGUGAGGGUCUGAGUGUGAAGGUACUGGGGGUACCUGCACACCGGGAGGGGUCCCGUGGAAUAUCGAGGCGUACUACAGGAGUACCGGAGGAGAAAAUUACCAGGGGAUACCUGGGUGUGAGAGGUUCUGAGGCUCUGAAGGAGGAGGCCACCCCACCAGGCAGCCAUGGCCCCCACGCUGGCCACGGCGCACCGGCGGCGCUGGUGGAUGGCGUUCACGGCCAUCAUCGAGAACCUGCUCUUCUCGGCUGUCCUGCUGGGCUGGGGGUCCCUGCUCAUCAUGCUGAAGGCUGAAGGGUUUUAUUCCUACCUGUGCUAUGGCCUAGAGACCACCACCAACACCUCUGAGCUCGACAACAGCACAGCUUCAGAGCACAAAUGGCCUUCCUGCAACGCCCAGGAUGAGAUGCUGAACUUGGCCUUCACCAUUGGCUCCUUCCUGCUCAGUGCCAUCACUCUGCCCCUGGGGAUUGUCAUGGACAAGUACGGCCCCCGCAAGCUGCGGCUGCUGGGCAGUGCCUGCUUUGCCGUGUCCUGUGUGCUGAUUGCGUACGGUGCCAGUAACCCAGACUCUCUGUCUGUGCUGAUAUUCAUUGCCCUGGCUCUGAAUGGCUUUGGUGGGAUGUGCAUGACCUUCACAUCGCUCACGCUGCCCAACAUGUUUGGGGACCUUCGUUCCACGUUCAUUGCUCUGAUGAUUGGCUCCUAUGCUUCCUCUGCUGUGACUUUCCCAGGAAUCAAGGUUAUCUAUGACUUUGGGGUCUCCUUCAUCCUUAUCCUGCUUGUCUGGGCGAGCUGUGCAGGACUCGUUUUCCUCAACUGCUUCUUCAACUGGCCCCUGGAGCCUUUCCCAGGACCAGAAGACAUGGACUACUCGGUGAAAAUAAAGUUCAGCUGGCUGGGCUUUGACCACAAAAUCACUGGGAAGCAGUUCUACAAGCAAGUGACGACCGUGGGGCGCCGUCUGAGCGUGGGGAGCUCCAUGAAGGGCCCCAAGGAGCCAGCAGCUCUGCAGGAGAACAACAAGCUCUGUCUGUCUACAGUGGACCUGGAAGUGAAGUGCCAGCCUGACAGUGCAGCUACUCCCUCCUUCAUGAAGAGUGUCUUCAGCCCCAUCCUGCUGCUCAGCCUCAUCACCAUGUGUGUCACCCAGCUGAGGCUCAUCUUCUACAUGGGAGCCAUGAACACCAUCCUGGAGUUUCUGUCUGGAGAUGAAAGUCAAGUGGCUUUCUACACUUCCAUUUUUGGGGUCCUGCAGCUGCUGUGCCUGCUGACAGCGCCUGUGAUCGGAUACAUCAUGGACUGGAGAAUGAAAGAGUGUGAUGAUGGCUCAGAGGAGAAUGAGGAGAGCAACGCUGAGCAAGGUGACAAGAAGAAGAAAAAGCGUGACCGUCAGAUCCAGAAAAUCACCAACGCCACCAAUGCCUUUGUGUUCACCAACUUCCUGCUGGUUGGAUUUGGAAUCACCUGUCUUAUUCCUAAUCUACCCUUGCAGAUUCUGUCCUUCAUUUUGCACACAAUUGUGAGAGGAUUCAUCCACUCAGCUGUGGGAGGCCUCUAUGCAGCUGUAUACCCCUCGACUCAGUUUGGCAGCUUGACAGGGCUGCAGUCGUUGAUCAGUGCCCUGUUUGCCCUCCUGCAGCAGCCUCUCUUCAUGGCACUGACAGGACCUUUGAAAGGAGACCCCCUCUGGGUGAAUGUUGGCUUGCUUGGCCUGAGCCUCCUGGGAUUCUGCCUCCCAAUCUACCUGGUCUGCUACAGGCGCAGGCUAGAGAGAGAAAAGAAGCAGAAGAUGGAAGAUGCCAAACUUUUCUUCAAAAUCAACGGCACUCCCACUGAGGAAGCCUUUGUUUAAACUGGUGCUUCAUGUGCAGCCUCCCCUGUACAAGUUCCUACCACAUCUGUGGGUUCUACCUGUGGUGUAAGCCAGGACUUUUCUCCCCUGGCUCUGCCAGUCUUUGCUCAUCACUGGAGUGAGGGCUGGACAUCAAGACUGAGAUUUCCUCAGAUAUAUGGCAGGAGGAGACUUCCCACUCCUUAUUCCAAAACAUGGGACACUUCUCCUUUUUAUAAAGGCCACACAGCUAUUGUGUCUUAAAUUAUCCCCUGAUCACACUCUCCAGCAGCAGAGAGUUUGCAUGGGAAACUGGGGAGAGAAGGAAUAGAGGGAUGGGGGAAGAGGGAAGACAGACCAUAAUUUGAGUUUGCAAAUGUAACACACUGCAGUCUGUUUUCUCCCCUUCUUCCCCCAAACUUGGCUGACAGUCUCGGAUGCAAGCUGCACUGUCCUCCCUCCCCAAGGCUUCAUAAUGGUCUUUCUGCUUGAUGUGUAGCUGGAACCAGUGGUUUUACUGUCUCUCCAGACAUAUCCCUGUUUCUGAGGCAGGGAAGGGGUUUUUAUUCCUAUGUGUAUGAGCACAGCUUCAGUGUUUUGCUAAAUGUUGGCUGCUAGCACUGACAGCUCCCAAACCUUUUAUUACUGCAAAUGACACAGACUGUGAGCAAUGGAUCUGCCUUCCACACUGAAAUGAAGAGCCUAUAGUGGACUGCUGGUCCUAGACCAAGCCUUGGGAGGCCUGGAAUUCCUCUUCUUCCCGGUUCACAAACUCACCUGUACGUGUUUUAAACUGUCUGCAGUCCUGGAGCCUCUGAGAUAAGAAUUGGAUCUUGUUUACCGAUGAAGUGCUUUGAGACUUUGUUGCCUUUUGCCUCUCCUUCCCCCCUGAGAUGCCCCUGGGAGGGGAGCAGCAAUGUGUGUUCAGUAAAAAGUGGAGAAGCUUCUUGAAGCUGAGUUCUGGGGCUUCAGAUGCCUUGGUGUUCACGUGAGCUGAGCUGCUGGUGAAAAGAACCAGGAGUGCAGAACACUCCUUUGUGUCUGGUAACUGGAUCCUGUGGACAUAUGGCAGGGUGAUGUGGUGAUGUCAUUUUUCCUUUAGCCAUAGCUGAUUUACCUUGCUAUGAUAAUGGUCACCAAGCUGCUGAGCACCAGGUUACUGUGACUGACCAAAAUGCUGCCACUUGGGCUGCUCUAGGAGCCUUCUGCAAUGUUGAUGCUCUGUCUGGACAGAGCAGCUGGUGAUUGAUUGUAAGGUGAAGCUGCUGCCAGAGCAAUACGUGUGGGUAAAGGUGCCCCAGGCCUGUUCACACCAGGGAGGGAAUACAAAGGGAAUUUUUAACCUGCUUAUUUUUAUAGAGGUUUUCCUUGUCUAAAGCAGACUUUUCUGCCCUUAACCUUCUUGUUGAGGUCGGUAGCUCAGGCUCUGCAGCCCUGUGUUAAGCACUGCACUGAGUGGGAGCAGGACUGUGCAGGGGUGAGGAGGAGCACCGACUGCACCGGGCUGAGCUGGUGGCUGAGGGAAGGUUGGGGCAGAAAUAAAACAAUUCUGGAGAAAUAGUGGUGGUGUUUUACUGCAAAGCCUGGCAGGGGCUCAGACAUUCAACUAUGCCUGGUUGGAAAUGUCCAAGAAACAACACCGUGCUGCGACCUUCCUGUGACAGAUUACCUGGAAGCUGAGCUGGGUGUGAGCUCCUUCUCUGGGGUUUGGAGGAGGCAGAACCCCAGGCUGGGCAGGGUUUGAGCUUUGCUGCAGCCCCUGAAGGAGGCAGAAGCUCAGGCCGGGCAGGGUUUGAGCUUUGCUGCAGCCUGAAGGAGUCAGAACCCCGGGCCGGGCAGGGUUUGAGCUUUGCUGCAGCCUGAAGGAGUCAGAACCCCGGGCCGGGCAGGGUUUGAGCUUUGCUGCAGCCCCUGAAGGAGGCAGAAGCUCAGGCCGGGCAGGGUUUGAGCUUUGCUGGAGCCCCUGAAGGAGGCAGAAGCCCAGGCCGGGCAGGGUUUGAGCUUUGCUGCACCCUGAAGGAGGCAGAAGCUCAGGCCGGGCAGGGUUUGAGCUUUGCUGCAGCCUGAAGGAGUCAGAACCCCGGGCCGGGCAGGGUUUGAGCUUUGCUGCAGCUCCUGAAGGAGGCAGAACCCCGGGCCGGGCAGGGUUUGAGCUUUGCUGGAGCCCCUGAAGGAGGCAGAACCCCGGGCCGGGCAGGGUUUGAGCUUUGCUGCAGCCCCUGAAGGAGGCAGAAGCUCAGGCCGGGCAGGGUUUGAGCUUUGCUGCAGCCCCUGAAGGAGGCAGAACCCCGGGCCGGGCAGGGUUUGAGCUUCGCUGCAGCCCCGCGGGUCCCUCCCUGGCGGUGGCGGGGCCAGCGCUCCGCGGGCCGGCAGCGCCAUCUCCAGUCGCUGCUGCUCCGCACUGCCUGGUACCUGGUAGUCUUCACUCACUCUUUUCAGGAUUCACCACUUGAGGAUUUUACACAUCUGUGGUUUUUUUUUUAAUAAUGUGUUGCCUUUAUUAAAUGUGUUUGUUUCAAGGCAGAUUUACUGCCUGCUGUCAGCACUGUGUUCUUCUGGAACUUUUUGUGUUUUGGUGAUUGAUGAUUUAGUGAGCUUUCCUUCUUUUUUUGAGCAAUAAUUAAGAAGGCAGAGUUUUGAUUAAUUUUGCUGGUCACCUGUCUUGUCUCAAGUACAUGUUCAGAGAUACACCAGCAGUGUUACAGCCAGAGGGCUUUCUGCAGAUUUCUGCAUUUUAUAUUACAAUACUUUUAAAUAUUUUGAGAAGAGUCCUGUUCCUGCUCAGAGAUACUCGUGAUGUGACAAUGACAGAUUAAGUAUCAGGUGUGUGAGCCUCCAUCCGUAGUCUCAGUGUCCUAAAGCAGAGUUGGUGUUCUGUGUGCUAGCCAGCAUUACUUCCACCUCAGUUUCAGAAUUGAAUGUGAUUUCUUCCACUCUUAUGUCACUUAAAUGCCUGUUACAAAUGUCUCAGCAAAACAGUGGAACAGAGAGUGGCGUAUAUUAAUGAAGUCUUAGUGGAGAUGCUGCUGCCUUUUAAUUUAGCUGCACAUUCUUCAAAGAACACAGUUUUAUUUCUGCCAUCUACCUCCCUACUGCAAUUCCCAGAUCCUGCCCUUUAUUAGGGAUAUCUUCAAAUCCAGUUUCAUCUGAUGAUCUGGUGAAUGUGUGUGCUUAAUGUCAGAAGCUGCUGGUCAGCUGUGAGGAGAGCUCAUGUCCUGGUGGGCACAGAGGGAGCUUUUAGCUGUUCAGGGUUGAACAGACAAAUGGGAUCAUGUUUUGGAUCAUGCAAAGUCAAACUGGAAUUCUUUGCUGCAGAAUGUAGUGGAGAACAGAAGUAACAUUUUUUUUUUUAAAGAAGAGGGUGGUUAAACAAUGGUCUGAUGCAUCCACUAACUCAGGGAGAUUUUAAGUUGCUGUAAAUAAGAAAGUUAUGCCAAGGAAAGAUACUUGUCUGCAUGUUCUGUCCUGUAAGAAUUGGCCAAAGCUGGAGAAAACACGCUGGGCUAAAGUGAAACACUGCUCUGAUUGAAUGGGGUGAAAUUUAUUUUGACAGUUGUGAACCAAACUAACUUCAGUCUCAUAUUUAUCUAUCAAAAACCUGCACCUGCAUGCAAGAUGUGCAAACACUCUACUGAUUGUGGCAUAACUGCUUCAGAGCUGCACCUCCUGCAGCAGAGGGUUCAGUGGAGGGCAAUAUUCUGCCUUCAGAUUAUUGUAAACAUUGUCUUGCACAGCAGAAACACAGCUGGGGUGGUUGAUCAGGGGCAGUUUGCCUCAUCCUUUGGUGCUUAGGGAAAUAGAGUAGUAUAUAGUAACAUUAUAUACAUUUGGAGUGGAAAACAGCAUUGCUGCUUCCUAGCUGAGUGUUUCAGGACCAAGACAAUGCCUGGUGCAUGAGCCACCUUGUGGGGAAAAUAAAUGGGCUACCAAAGAGUGGAGUCCCAGCAGCUGGCAUCAAUAAUGCAUUUAUCUGUGGAACUCAAAUAUAGGUCAAUGUGUUGUACUGCUCUCAUAAUUCCUAAAUGAUGAAUUUGUAGGACUUGGGGGUUUUUGUGUCCUUUGUAGCUCCUUACCCUGAUCCAUGUGGGAAGUGCAAGGAGGGUGGCCAUGGGAAAGGGCUCCAUGGAAGUAACCCCAGCUGAAUGUAAGGAAGCAAAAACCUGAUCUGUGAGUACCUCAGAGUCAAAGGUGUUGCUGUGUAAAGCAAUUGCACCUGCUGGAGACACUGCUCCCAGGCUCUACAGCCUCUCACAUGCACUUAAUCUGCAUUUGUAUUAAAAUAAAAUUGAAUUCACAGAGUGGGGAAGGGAGGGUGACAGCUUUUUGCUUUCACUAAUCUGUCAGAACCUAAGCCCUGUUGACACAGCCUUUAUAGCACUAAUGCAAUGACACGAUGUCAGAAGUAGCAGAGAAAAUCUGUGCUGUUCUGCUUAAUAGGACACUUACACUAUGACAGUCACUGAGCAAAGCUAUAUCUGGAUCCUUGAGAUGAAACUGGACACAGAUGUCUGGGAAAAAAAAGGGGGCAAAUCUUGCUGAGACACCAAUUUAAGUGCAAUGCUGCUACAGCAACUGAAAUGUUCAACUCCCACAGCAAAGCCUGGCCUCUUCAUGCUCUGUCUGCAAAGGAAAAUUGCAGGAUAAUGAGAUUUUAACUAAGUCCGUAAAUCACUAAAAUGUUUUCAAGCAGGAGAUUUCCCUCUUGACAGGCUGAUGAAUUUGGAAAAUAUGCUACAAAAUUCAAAGCAGAUACUGUAGGGUAAAAGGAAUGAAAUCUCUAAACAACACAUUUUUGCUACUCUUUUUCUUUUCACCUUUGAUUUUUUUUCUGCACCUGCAGAGCUUUUUGAUAUUCUCUACACCCCAGUUUAAAAGUGCAAAGUGCUCAUAAUGGAAAAUAGUAUUAUAGUACAACAGAUUCCUGUUGGGAAUGGACUGGUUUGGGUUUUUUUAUUAAAAAAAAAGAGGCCACUUCUGAUUCACAAUGUUAUCUUCUCUGGAAUAGCUGAAACAAUGAUGUGUUAUGUAGCUGCAAUCUUACACGUUAAUUAUAAAGCCCACAGGUCCUUGUUUUCCUCCAUGUGCUGCCAGCCUGUCUCUGUGCAAUCUGUUUUUACCAGGUGUCCUGUGCUCCACGUUGUCCUCCUACUGCUGAUUGUCACUUCCUUGUGCCUGACCCUCUGUCACCUGCUUUUUAUUCUGGAGACAAUCCCCUCUUUCAGAAAAGCCACUCUUUAACCUGCCAGCAUUACCUCUCCCACCUUUUCCUGUCCACUGAAUUUUUUUGUAGCGUUUGCUGAAGUGGAAUUGUAAACUCCUUGGGGCAGGCCUGUGUCAUCUUCUCUGUGUUUGUAAGGUGAUGUGCACUCUUGCAGUACUAUAUCAAAAUAAAGUGAUAAUAAGUUAAUCAUUAGUUUUCUUUCUGA